CCAGCUCCCUUCAAAAUGUUUGCUGUUCAUGAAAUCCUGUGCAAACUCAGCUUGCAGGGUGAUCACUUUACACCCCCAAGUGCAUAUGCCAAAGCCUACACCAACUUUGAUGCUAAGCAGGAUGCUUUGAAAAUUGAAAUGGCCAUCAAGAGCAAAGGUGUGGAUGUGGUCACCAUUAUUAAUAUUUUGACCAACUGCAGCAAUGCACAGAGACAGGAUAUUGCCUUUGCCUACCAGAGAAGGACCAAAAAGGAACUUACAUCAGCACUGAAGUCAGCCUUAUCUGGCCUUCUGGAGAUAGUGAUUUUGAGCCUAUUGAAGACACCUGCUCAGUAUGAUGCUUCUGAGCUAAAAGCUUCCCAGAAGGGGCUGGGAACAGACCAGGACUCCGUCAUUGAGAUCAUCUGCUCAAGAACCAACCAGGGGCUUCAGGAAAUUAACAGAGUCUACAAGGAAAUGUACAAGACUGAUCUGGAGAAGGACAUUAUUUUGGACACAUCUGGUGAUAUCUGCAAGUUGCUGGUUGCCCUGGCAAAAGGUAGAAGAGCAGAAGAUGGCUCUGUCAUUGAUUAUGAACUGAUUGACCAAGAUGCCUGGGAUCUCUAUGACACUGGAGUGAAGAGGAAAGGAACUGAUGGUCCCAAGUGGAUCAGCAUCAUGACCGAGCAGAGCACGUCCUACCUUCAGAAAGUACUUACUAGGUACAAGAGCUACAGCCCUUAUGACCCACUGGAGAGCAUCAAGAAAGGGGUUAAAGGAGACCUGGAAAAUGCUUUCCUGAACCUGGUCCAGUGCAUUCAGAACAAGCCUCUGUAUCUUGCUGAUCGGCUGUAUGACUCCAUAAAGGGCACUCGAGAUAAGGUCCUGAUCAGAAUUAUGGUGUCCCAUAGUGACAUGGACAUGUUGAAAAUUAGGUCUGAAUUCAAGAGAAAGUGCAGCAAGUCCCUAUACUAUUACACCCAGCAAGACACUAAGGGUGACUACCAGAAAGCGCUGCUGUACCUGUGUGGUGAUGACUGA